AUGCCUUUAUUGAUACCUCCUUAUCCCUUACCCAUGAAGAUAUUCAUUCUCCCCAGUCUCUCCUUGAGUACUGUAGCCUCCUCAUUCGCUCUCCCUCUUCACAAUCCCACGAAAGACAUCCCCAUCCUGGGCUCCGACACAGCCGACUUCACACACUACAAAUUCUGGGACUUUCGCGCCAUGUCCACCGUCCAGAAUACCACCCAGAUUCCCCUCGAACACACUCCCUUCAACACCGCCUGGGAAGCCCAGUCAUGGCGUCGGGAACCCACCGGAGACAGCUCCUGGCCCAUGGUCAACUCCAAAGCAAACGUCUUCCUCACCCAACACCCAGACCAACCCAGCUCCAGUAUCCUUGUCCUCCGCACUACGCGAUUCUCCAACUACUUCUCAACAGCGGAGAUCGAAAGCCGUCUGGGAAACUACCAACAUUGUUCGUGGCGCGUGCGGAUGCGCCUGAUGUCGCAGUCGACCAUUUCCGAGAACGACUCCCCCAGCCAGGACCCCGGGAGAGCAGCCGAAAGGGUUCCACCGGGGGCGUGCGCAGGCAUGUUCAUCUACCGCUCUGCAACAUGCGAGUCGGAUCUGGAGAUCCUCACCUCCGACUCGCAACGUACCAUCCACUACGCGAACCAGCCGGACUACGACCCGGUCAGUGAUAGAAUGACCCCGGGGUUUAGUCGUACCGUGACGGAUCUCCCAGCGCCCUGGACGACGUGGGUGACACAUCGCAUGGACUGGGCCCCCGGCGCGACGCGCUGGUAUGCGGAUGAUCAGCUGCAGACCGUGAUAGAGCUUGGUGUGCCGGAUCGCCCGAGCCUUGUUGCAUUGAACCUUUGGAGUGAUGGUGGCGUUUGGACGGGGGAUAUGGCCGUGGGCCAGAGCGUGUAUCUGGGUAUUGAAUGGAUUGAGCUUGCGUAUAAUCUUUCCACUCCUGGGUUGGAUGUUCCUUUUCGCUUCCGUCGAAAAACAUCGGGGAAAGACGGGGGGUUCCUCGAAUAA